AAUACCUCGUUUGGGACAUCCAGUUAUACCAGUCCUCAAAACAACUGCAUGGAUGAGAUGGGAUCUCCCUGGCUCAUCUUGUUUAAGUACUGUAGGAGCUGGCACUUGGCACAGUGAUGCAAUACAGCAUUGCCUUUUCCCCACAUAGCUCCUGGCAGGACAAAGCCAACAUGUGCCUGGAAAGAUGUUGGGUGUGGGAGGAUAUGGAAGGAACGUGACGGGGAGGGAAGUCAUUGCACAAGGUUCCUGGGGGAGGGAUGUGAAAGAGACAAGGGAGCUUGUGGUAGUUAUGAAAAGGGCACUAAAUGAGAAUAUGGCCAAUGGCAUUGAAGAUCUUAUUGGGAUCCCAUUCCCAAACCACAGCAGUGAAGUCUUAUGUGGUUUAAAUGAGCAGCGGCAUGACGGUCUCCUCUGUGAUGUUAUCCUCAUUGUACAGGACCAGGAGUACCGGACCCAUCGAUCCGUCCUUGCUGCCUGCAGCAAGUACUUCAAAAAACUCUUCACUACCGGCACUUUAACAGACCAGCCCUAUGUUUACGAGAUUGACUUUGUCAAGCCUGAAGCACUUUCUGCCAUCCUCGAGUUUGCCUACACCUCAACUCUCACCAUCACCACCUCAAAUGUCAAGCACAUCCUCAGCGCUGCCAAGAUGCUGGAGAUCCAGUGCAUUAUCAAUGUAUGCCUUGAAAUCAUGGAGCCUGACAGAGAGGCAGAAGAAGAAGAUGACAAAGAUGACGAAGAUGAUGAUGAAGAUGAAGAAGAAGAGGAGGAGGAAGAGGAGGAGGAGGAGGAAGUGGAAAAUUUUGUCAAUCAGGAGAAUCUAACUGAUGUCCAAGAAGUAAGCUGUCACCAAAGCCCUUCUAAGUCUGAUCUUACCGAAGAAGCAUAUACAGAAGCACCUAAAGACUGUCCAAAUCACUACCCAGCCAACAACUCCUCUGGACACUUGGGUGUGAUACGAGACUUCUCCAUCGAGUCCUUGCUAAGGGAAAACUUGUACCCUAAGUCAAACAUCCCAGAAAGGAGGCCAGCUCUCUCUCCUUUUGCCCCUAGCUUCUUCCCACAUCUAUGGAACAGUGAUUUUAACUCCUUCUCCCAGCUCAAGGAGCCACAAGUAGACAACGGCCCCUUAGAUCUGGUGAUCAAAAAGAGGAAGAUCAAAGAAGAGGAGGAGAAAGAAGACCUGCCUCCGCCUCCUUUCCCUAAUGACUUCUUCAAGGACAUAUUUACCAACACCCCAGCAGCUCCCUUAGGGCACAUUAAGGCCGAGACUGAGUAUAGCGCUUAUCUCAAUUUCCUAAGCGCUACCCAGUUUGGAGGAGUUUUUCCACCAUGGCCCCUGGAGGAAGAGAGGAAGAUAAAGCCCAAGGCGUCACAGCAAUGUCCCAUCUGUAACAAGGUCAUCAUGGGAGCAGGCAAGCUGCCCAGACACAUGAGGACCCACACGGGAGAGAAGCCGUAUAUGUGCAAUAUCUGUGAAGUCCGCUUUACCAGGCAGGACAAGCUCAAGAUCCACAUGCGGAAACACACUGGGGAGCGGCCAUACCUGUGCAUCCACUGCAACGCCAAGUUCGUGCAUAACUACGACCUGAAGAACCACAUGCGCAUCCAUACCGGCAUCCGGCCCUACCAGUGCGAGUUCUGCUACAAGAGCUUCACCCGUUCCGACCACCUCCACCGCCACAUUAAGCGCCAGAGCUGCCGCAUCGCGCGGCCCCGGAGAGGACGCAAGCCCGCAGCAUGGAGGGCAGCCGGCUUGCUCUUUGCUCCCGGUGGCCCACCGGUGGAGAAGAGCUUCGUGAUGCCACCGACGCUGGAGGAGAUGAGUGGCCACCUUGGCAGCACGGCCAUGUGCCUUCCUGGCCCCAGCCCCAAGCACUUUCUGAGUGGGGCCAAGUCCCCCUUCAGCCUGCAGGAGCUGGAGAGCCAGUUUGAAGAAACCCAGAUGAAGCUCUUCAGGCGAGCCCAGAUGGACAUGGAGAGGAAUGCGAGCAUCUUCGCCUUCGCUUUGGGCCAUAAUGAAAACCUUGCUGCCCAACCCUUCUUUCCCCUUCCUGAUCCAUGGAGCACGGGAUUCAAUGGCUUGGCAGGGCUUGGCCAUGUGGCUCCCAUCUCAGAGGCAAGCAAAUAAACCCGUGUCCGGUCCCACCGUAGGUCCGCUUCCCUUCCCAACAGGAUGACCAGCUUUCUCAGCAUCCCUGCCUGCUGUUUCACAUCAUCUGGCCCCCAAGAAGCUCUCUGACCCUCCCCACUGUGGCUUGCCAUCGGGUUUGAGGCAUGGGGCCUUCCCCAGGGCAAGAGGGUGAAUAGGUGGGUCCUGUGCCCCACGGCCCCAGCACUUUAGACUCUACAAAGCACUUGGCUUUGGGGCUGUGGGGCACUUACUGCCCCAUUCAACCACCCACCGCUCACAGCUCCAUCUGGGAAGGCCAGGCCAGGACUGCUGCUGUCUUCAGCCCUCACAAAAAUGUCACUUGCCUUAGUCCAGGGCAUGGCCGUCACCAUGAGAUGGCUCUUCUUGGGGGAGAUGGCCCCCAUUUUCCACCUGUGGGACCCACUUGACACUGGACAAACCGUCCAGACUUGGUUUUCGUUUGUUACAUUCCGUGGCCCUUUUGGUCAAAAAGACUUUUUUUUUCCUUUUUUUUUUUUUUUUUUUUUUUUUAAUUAUUUCCCAUGUCUGGCAACAAUAUUCAUUCUACAAGGGGUAAAGGGAAGGGUCAAGCAACCAUGUUGGGAGGGGAAGAAUCUUGGCCAUUGCCUUUCUCAGUGGUAUAUCAGAUUUGCAGGGCUGGCGGGAAAGCCCUGAGGUGGGACCCUAAAAACAUUUAAAAAAAAAAAGCUAAAAAAAAAAAUAAUUAAAAAAUAAAAAUUAAAAAAAAA